UCAUAUCCAGGCCCAGUUGAUCGUCUGCAUUAUAAUUAGAAGAACCAAACGAUGCCCUAGACUAUAAAUAAAUCCGAACCGAACGCUGAAAAGAGAACUUGGACGCUGGUAGGGUUGACAACUGAGAGAACAUUUAGGUUACGGAGAAGCAAGAAUGUUGCUGCUGUUUGAAACUCCGGCUGGCUUUGCCCUUUUCAAAGUCUUGGAUGAAGGAAAACUGUCCAAAGUCGAGGACCUUGGGAAGGACUUCUCCACCCCGGACUCUGCCAGACAGGUUGUCAAGCUUAAAGCAUUUUCCAAGUUUGAGAACACGUCCGAGGCUUUAUCUGCUGCCACUUUAUUAAUUGAUAGCAAACCCAGCAAAGGUCUUCGCAAAUUCUUGCGCAGCCAUUGUGAUGGUGACAUCUUAGCUGUUGCCGACUCCAAGCUCGGUAACACAAUUAAAGAGAAGCUGCAAAUAGAAUGUGUUCACAACAAUGCUGUCAUGGAACUUAUGAGGGGAGUGAGGAGUCAAUUGUCUGAACUUAUAUCUGGUCUGGCUUCUCAAGAUUUGGCGCCAAUGAGCCUGGGUUUAUCUCACAGUUUGUCAAGAUACAAAUUGAAAUUCAGUCCAGACAAGGUCGAUACCAUGAUAAUACAAGCUAUUAGCUUGUUGGAUGACCUUGAUAAGGAGCUGAAUACAUAUGCAAUGAGGGUUAGGGAAUGGUAUGGUUGGCAUUUCCCUGAACUUGCAAAGAUCAUACAAGACAAUAUCAUGUAUGCCAAGACUGUGAAGUUGAUGGGUAAUCGAACAAAUGCUGCCAAGCUUGAUUUUUCAGAGGUGCUUCAGGAGGAGGUCGAGGCAGAACUGAAAGAGGCGGCCAUGAUUUCCAUGGGAACUGAAGUUAGCGAGCUUGACUUGGAGAACAUAAAAGACUUGUGCAACCAAGUUCUCUCCCUCUCUGAGUACAGGGCACAACUCUAUGACUACUUGAAGAGCAGAAUGAACACCAUUGCCCCAAAUCUGACUGCUCUUGUUGGGGAACUCGUUGGUGCUCGACUAAUUGCCCAUGGAGGUAGCUUAUUGAAUCUGGCCAAGCAGCCUGGAAGCACUGUCCAGAUUCUCGGUGCUGAGAAGGCUCUUUUCAGAGCACUCAAGACAAAGCAUGCUACCCCUAAAUAUGGACUCAUAUAUCACGCGUCCUUGAUUGGUCAGGCAGCACCAAAGCAUAAGGGUAAAAUUUCAAGGUCUUUGGCUGCAAAGGCUGCUCUAGCAAUUAGAUGUGAUGCGCUUGGUGACGGUGAGGAUAAUUCUAUGGGUCUGGAGAAUAGAGCUAAACUUGAGGCGCGACUGAGGAACUUAGAAGGUAAAGAGCUGAGUCGUUCUGCUGGGUCCGUUAAAGGCAAACCGAAGAUUGAGUUUUACGACAAGGACAGAAAGAAAGGAUCUGGGGGAAUGAUUACUCCAGCCAAGACUUACAAUCCAGCAGCCGACGCACUUCUAGGACUCACAGAAUCGCUUUCUAAAGAGGACGAGGAUGACAAGGCUGAGCUUGAGCAGGCUGUGAUUGAUGUGCCCAUUUUGGAUGAGGAAAAGAGCAAGAAACGAAAGAAGAAGAAAGACUCGGGAGAUGGUGAUGGUGAUGGUGCGGUACAGCCUGAAAAUGAAGCUGUCAGGGAGAAGAAGAAGAAGAAGAAGAGAAAACAAUCUGAGCCAGAAACUGAUGACGGCAGUGUUGAUGCAGGCGAGAAGAAGAAAAAAAAGAGGAAACAUGCAGAGGAAGAAGGUGCAGAGACCCCUAAGAAGAAGGAGAAGAAGAAGAAGAAAAGGCAAGAGUGAAUUGGCUCUGUAACAUGCAUGGCAAAUGUGCCCUGACAAUUUUGUUUAUCGAGCGAACCAUCUGAAGUCACGAAUGUAGUAUGUUGGGCCUUUCUUUUAUAUGUGGAUUGCAAUCUGAAGUUGUUCACUUUCAAGUUGAAGUAUGCCUUGGUGCUUUUGGGUGGGCUAUGUAUUGUGAU